AUGUUUGUACUUUUGUUUCUCGUCACAUUGUCGUCUGCUAAAUACUUGGUAGAAGAUAACUCUAUAACCAAAUUGGGAAAGAUAUAUGAAAUAUCAAAUUUUAAUUAUAUAAAAUACACACAAGAAGGAAUGUAUAUUUAUAAGUAUGUCUCUUCAGACUGCAAAGAGUGGAUACCAAGCACUGCGUCUCUUUUGUCCUCUUAUGGUGUUCCACAAUAUAGCCUUCCAGAUUAUGUUGCUGUUUCAUACACAUAUCCAUCCACAAAAGAUUGUACUACUACGAACGAGGAUUCAAACCCAAUAGAACGGUUGUAUUUGGCCAUUUGCACAAGAGGAACCGAUGAUUCAUCACAGUAUGCAAUUGAAAAUAACAAUCUUGUUGAAAAAAAAUUCACUUCAAAUGACUGUACUGGAACAGCUAAAGAUACAAAAGUGAAAUAUGAACUCGACAAAUGCAAUACAGAAUUAACAUAUUCUUACAAAAUCACAAGUGGAGCUUUUGAAAUUUUUGCUUUGUUAGCUAUAGCACUUGCUUUCUUGUUCUAA